AUGCGUCGAGAGGAAAUGGUCAAAAACGUUUUGUACGCAGCAGGGCUGUUGAUCAAGAGCCUGCUGUUAUGCUGUACAGCUGCAGAGCAAUGGGAGGCUACGGGCCAGCCGGAAGUUUCCAAGUUUGGUAUGAUGCUACAACGCCAUAUUUUCAAGAGGAUCACGGAGGCUGGUCUUUCAGAUGUGUGCUUGCGGGAAUGCUAUGCUGACGUCAGAUGUCAAAGUUUCAACUACGUCUUUACGCAAGACAUUUGUGAGCUGAGCAACCGAACCAAGGAGGCCAGACCAGAGGAUUAUGUUCCGAACCCUGAAAGAUUUUACUUUAAGCGAGAUUACAAAAGAGUCCCUCUCGGUUCCAUUCCUGAGCUGCCUGCGGAGACUUGCCAUGAAAUCAAAAGUAGCGAAGGAGGACAAGCGGUUAGCGGCAAAUACUGGUUUCACUCGAUUGUACCCGAGAGUAGUUUUCUGGCUCCCUGUGACAUGAAAACUGAUGGUGAAUUCAACUGUUUAUCAAUUCUACUACAGACCAAAAAUGGUUUACCACAAACAAAAGCGUUGACAGAGAUGUUAUGGGUAGACUGCGACCCCCUUGCCCCCCCCCCUCCCAAAAACACACAUAGAUAA